AUGAAGACGUCGAAGUGGACCGUCGCUGCAUUCACCGAAGGAGGAAAGGGAGGGAAACUCUCGUUCGGCGGGGGGUUAGGUUCGUUCGUGUCUGGAUCCUUCACUCUCAAGGGCUCGAAGGAUGUCUCGGCACCUCUACAUCAGAAGUCAGGACCCAUUCACAGCAAUAAUGGGCGGCCUCGCAAAGAGCACAAAGCUGACCAGUGUAUUUUUCUGCACUACUAUGUCUUGAAGGUCAGGAUGAAAGGUAUUCUCCCGCAGCUGCUUCCAAGAUCGCUCAAGGCCUCUGCUGAACCCCAAGCCCCAUCCCGUCGGUCGGAAGAUAUGGAUGACGAACAUCCUGGUUCUAGUUGGGGUACUGCCGUCCCCGCGUUCGAUGAAAAUAACGACACCAUCCUUGAGGAGGUACCUGGCGUGGGCUCCGUAUGCUAUGACCCCUUGGACAGCAUUCUGCAUUAUAUUCUCAAAAAUUCUACUGCAGAGGUAGCCGUUUCCGGGACCAAGACCCUCGAUGUCUUGCGGAAGGAUUCUCCCCGCCAGAACAUAUUCCAUGUUCUCGAGACUUCUCGCCCACAGAUUAGAGUGGAUGGACAUGGGUUGGGCACGUUGUCUGUUGCUUCCGAGCUUUCUCUGGAGCCAAAUACAGACAUAGGUGUCGCGUCAUCGGAAGGAAAACCUGAAAAUAUCCCUGUGCAAUGGCCAAAACUUUUACCGGGGACGUCGAACACCGAGUCGAGCUCUGCUAUUGUUAGUAAAGAUACCGAUGUCUUGUACGCGCUUAGGUUAGUCGGACAUGGAGGUGCAUCAAGACGCUCGUCGCGGACACCAGAACGAAGGUCUCCGCGCUCCCACUCAUCUGGCUAUGCCUCUGCCGCAAGUAGUCCGAGACAUAGUCAACUUAAUUUGCGAAAGGAUGUCUUCGACCCCCGGAAGCGAUUCCGAUGCGCCGUUUUCUCCGUGAUGGCUAAUUUCUGGGUGCUGGGAUCAUCCGUCUUCCCUCUAUAG